GAUGGGAAUUGUACGGAUUCUAUUUACAGCACCAAUUGGAUGAGAUCACACUCCCUUCUUCCAGAAAGGUCCUAUUUAGUCCCUGCCAGAGCAGGCAGGCAGUGGAUCAAGCUUUCGCCGCUCUUCUCGGAAGAGAUUUCCGAUUCUUCUUCGAUAUGGCAUCUGGUGCUGAAGUAGAGUCUCUUUCCAGCGAGAACUUGCUUGAAUGGGCUCAGAAAGACAAGCGUCGUUUUUUACAUGCUGUUUAUCGUGUUGGCAAUUUGGACCGUACCAUAGAGUUUUACACUGAAUGCCUUGGAAUGAAACUGCUCCGUAAGCGUGACAUUCCUGAAGAGAAAUAUUCAAAUGCUUUUCUUGGAUUUGGACCAGAGGAUUCUCAUUUUGUGGUGGAGCUGACAUACAAUUAUGGGGUGGAUAAGUAUGAUAUUGGCACUGGCUUUGGCCAUUUUGCUAUUGCAUCAGAAGAUGUCUACAAAUUAGUUGAGGACAUAAGAUCCAAAGGUGGGAAGAUAAAACGUGAACCAGGUCCUGUUAAAGGAGGAACGACAGUCAUUGCUUUUGUCGAAGACCCUGAUGGCUAUUUAUUCGAGCUUAUUCAAAGGGGACCCACACCUGAACCACUUUGCCAAGUCAUGCUUCGAGUAGGUGACUUGGAAAGGUCUAUCAAGUUUUAUGAGAAGGCUUGUGGGAUGAAGUUGCUGAGGACAAAAGACAAUCCUGAUUACAAGUAUACUAUUGCGAUGCUGGGUUACGCUGAAGAGACAGAAUCAAUUGUUCUAGAGUUGACUUACAACUACGGCGUGACAGAAUACACAAAAGGAAAUGCAUAUGCUCAGGUUGCUAUUAGCACUGAAGAUGUUUAUAAAAGUGGCGCUGUUGUUGAUUUAGUUACCAAGGAACUAGGAGGAAAAAUUACAAGACAACCCGGACCAAUUCCAGGAAUCAACACCAAAAUUGUCUCGUUUUUGGAUCCAGAUGGUUGGAAAACAGUUCUAGUUGAUCACUUGGAUUUCCUCAAGGAGCUUGGGCAAGCGUGAGCAUCCCAAGCGGACGUCUGAAACUUUAUUACUGCGACUAUGGGACUUUUAGCUGUAAGUUGUGCUUUCUAUAUGCAAGUCUAGUAUUGUGGCAGUAUGUAAUAAUAAUUUCGAGUCAUGGAAAUCAUGGUACUUUUAGCCGUAAGUUGUGCUUUCCAUAUGCAAGUCUAGGGUCGAGGCAGUAUGUAAUAAUAAUUUCCAGUCAUGGAAAAUAUUUCUUUCCUUUUA